AUGGUGGAAGCGAAGACCAUGGUGGAAGCGAAGACCAUGGUGGAAGCGAAGACCAUGGUGGAAGCGAAGACCAUGGUGGAAGCGAAGACCAUGGUGGAAGCGCAUGCUCAAAACAAGAAAGCCCAUCGCUUCACAAAGAUUGACAAGAUUCAUUUUUUACCCGAAGCCGAACGUUGCGCCCGCAAACAUCCCCAGCAGCAAGUACAGAAGGAGAAGACAAAUGAGAUAGCCGAGUAG